AGGUUCCUCGGGUUCCUGGUUUUUUGAACUCUCUAGACUUCGCUUCCUUCUGCUGCCAACUAAAAUCCCAAACGGAUUUCAUUGAUUCUAUUCCCAGUAUAACAGCCAGUAUAGUCCUGCUUCCAGUGCUGUUAUGAAGCAUAAUGAAUAGUCUUGUUCUACUCUGGCCCCUGGGAACAGAACCAAAUCCAUCAGAAGCUGAUAUUGAAACGAAACCAAUUCUUCUCAUUUGAUUAUUGUUGGUUAUUGUCACGUUUCCCUAAAGUCCUGACGCCAGAACGAAGUGUGCGCCUUUUUUCUAACAAGUGGAUGAAGACCAGUUAUCUCCAUGGUAACGAAGACACAUGAAUAACGAGGCCUGACCACCUGCUGUGUCGGUGGGCUCAACAGGGGAAUUAUGACCUUAUCUGAUGAUUCCUUUUAACCAGGGGUCCAGCGUUGAUGGCCAGUGUGUUGAGCUCCCGGUCCGUUCAGUUCUCACUAAAUCUGACCGAAGCCUUUUUCAUUUCAUCCUCUUUUAACAUCAACUCUAGUGCCAAGUGUUUUGUGCAGCAUGGGGCUCCCUUCAUUCUCUGAUGGACGAAAUGAAUAGGAGUCAUUUUCAGAGGCGCUGCUCGCGGUGGUUGUGUGUCAGCGCCGUCGUCGACAGCUGAAUGGAGCGAAUGGAACGAACUAAUCCUUCAGUGUUGUCCGAGCAACACGGCGUGAAUGCGUGCGGGUCCGCCACCUGAUCCGUCGAACCGCAGGUGUGCGGACGCUUGAAAGCAUCCGCCGACGUUCAUCCCCCGACGGAGAAAAGCAAGUAGUUUGGUUGGAGCCGUCUCGAGCGCAUCACGUGUGCGUCACUGCGAGCGCGGCGCUCGGCAGACACCCCGACGUCUCGCUCCGGAACGCGCCGUUCUCCGCCGCGGAGCGGCGUGUACAGUAUGAACAGGUAACCCGAGGAGGAGAAUCCGAUCCACGCGCGCGGAGCCCCUCGGUCACACCUGCCCCGCAUCCUCUGCGCAUCUGGGCUCGUCUUAAAUGACAGCUGCGCGGCGUCGGGAGGGGAACGAUCUGACGCACCGACUUGGCAGCGUGAGUGAGGAGAGCCACAGUAAAUCAUCGAGCGAGAGCAGGCGGCUUAGGCAGCGUUACAGCAGGAGGCUGCCACGAAGAAGAUGGACAACGCUGCAGCUGGUGGCUGGACUGUGGGCAGCAAAGCCGGCUCGCCUGCAGAGAAGCACCCCAACCUGAAGACGUUUCUUGCAGCCUUGUCCUUCGCAUACUUUGCCAAAGCGUUGUCUGGCAGCUACAUGAAGAGCACCAUCACACAGUUAGAGCGGCGCUUCGACAUCCCCAGCUACCUGAUCGGCAUCAUCGACGGCAGCUUUGAGAUAGGGAAUCUGUUAGUCAUUGCCUUUGUGAGCUACUUCGGUGCUAAACUCCACCGCCCCAAGAUCAUCGCGGUGGGGUGCGUCCUGAUGUCUUUUGGGACCUUCCUGAUCGCCAUGCCUCACUUCAUCAACGGCCGCUACAAGAUAGAGACCUCCAUCAGACCUUCAGUGAAUUCAACCAGCAGCCUCUCUCCAUGUCCAUCGAGCUCAGCAGAGUCCAGAGCCGACGACAGGCCCUCCAUACUGCCCUCUAGAGGCUGCGAGCGGGAGUCCAGUGUGUCGCUGUGGAUCUAUGUGUUCCUGGGAAACGUGCUACGCGGCAUUGGAGAGACUCCGGUCCAGCCUUUGGGAAUCUCCUACAUCGAUGAUUUCACACUGUCUGAGAACACUGCUCUGUAUAUUGGUUGUGUCCAGACUAUUUCCAUCAUUGGUCCAGUCUUCGGGUACCUGCUGGGGUCACUUUGUGCCAGGAUCUAUGUUGAUGUUGGUUAUGUGGACAUGGAGACCGUGACCAUCACCCCUGCUGACGCCCGCUGGGUCGGCGCCUGGUGGCUGGGCUACCUCAUCACCGGCUCCAUCACUCUCAUGUCCGCUGUUCCUUUCUGGUUCCUGCCCAAGUCGCUGCCGGUGCCCGUGGAGAAGCACGACACAGACUGCACUCCGGAGCAGACCAGGUUCAUCAAAGAUUCCCCAAACAUGGAGCACAAGUUCCGGCCCGAGGAGCCGGCGGAUUUGCAUCAGAUGGCCAAGCAAUUCAUUCCCACACUAAAGAACCUCCUGGGGAACCCUGUUUACAUGAUCUACUUAUGUGUGACCAUCAUCCAGUUCAACUCCCUCAUUGGAAUGGUCACAUACAAACCCAAAUACAUCGAGCAGCACUACGGCCAGUCGGCGUCCAGAGCCAACUUCCUCAUGGGCCUGAUCAACAUCCCAGCUGUGGCCCUGGGGAUGUUCUCCGGAGGGGUCGUCAUGAAGAAGUACAGGCUCGGCAUCAUGGGAGCAGCCAAGUUUGCCGUCGGAACCUCCCUGCUGGGCUACUUCCUGUCGCUCUUCUUUUUAGCCCUGGGCUGUGAGAACGCCAGGGUGGCAGGCAUCACCGUGUCGUACACUGGAGCGCAGGGUCUGUCUCAUCAGGAGCGCUCGCUCCUCUCCGACUGCAACUCGGCCUGCCUGUGCUCGACGCGAGACUGGGACCCGGUGUGCGGCGAGGACGGCACCACGUACGUGUCCCCGUGCUUGGCCGGGUGCACGUCGUCGUCCGGCGCCGGCAGGAACACGGUCUUCAACAACUGCAGGUGUCUGGCUGCGGCCGACCCGCAGGCGGCCGACCCGCAGGCGGCCGACCCGCAGGCGGCCAACCUGACGGCCGCUCUGGGCCAGUGUCCGAACAGGGAGAGCUGCGACAGAAUCUUUCCCUACUUCCUGGCUCUCUCGGUGCUCAGCUCCUUCAUCAUCUCCCUCGGGGGAACGCCCGGCUUCAUGCUGCUCGUCAGGUGCGUGAAACCUGAGCUUAAAUCCCUUGCUCUUGGGAUCCACACACUGGCGACUCGCACGCUUGCCGGAAUUCCUGCCCCGAUAUACUUUGGUGCCAUAAUCGAUACGACCUGCCUCAAAUGGGGCUACAAGGCUUGUGGAGGAAGAGGAGCGUGCCGGAUAUAUGACACCACAGCUUACAGGAUAGUGUACCUGGGCCUGACACUGGGCUUGAGGACAGUUUCAUUCUUUUUCUGCAUCGUGUGCUUUGCUCUGCUCAAACGACACGUCGCGAUGGAGGAGAAAAGCGCUCUGACUGAUGGAAGCGCAGAGUCGGAGUCGCUGAGGAAGGAGGAGAACAGCUCCGUGCACUGUGAACAGUGUAUUCUGGCGCUGGACCACAGUCCUGACAGAGAGACGCACUUGUGAGCCUCCUCCCCGACUCGGCUCCAAGCAGGACCUCACACGUGCAGAGGAACAAACACUGUGGACACUUUAAUAGCACAGAGUAUAUAUUUGUACAGGAUUUGUCUAGAUGUACAAUAUCAAAUGGGUCCUUUUAUAACAAAACGUGAUAUUUCAGGAAUGUAUAAAUUUGGGUGUUUGUGUUUUUUCCAUAAUUGAAAGACUUUUGUAGAAGCAAAAAGGUGAUUGUGCUGUACUUUCUAUAAUUGUAUAUGUUUUACUUAAUAAAAUUUAUUUAAAAACUA